GUGCAUGUGUGUGUGUGUGUGUGUGUGUGUUACGCAGGGCGUGGUGGCUGGUUCACUGAGCGGUUUGAUGUUCUGCUUCAGCUCGGGCAGGGAUUACUCUCAGGUCUGAACGCGGAUUAGUGGAUUCGUUCUGAGCUCUGUUUCAGGAAUUAGAUUUUAUAAAACAUUUCGGUGAUGGCAUGCCUCGACUUCUUCCGGGUACUGUGCCUCUCAGCGUGUUGUAUUCUCAGAGGUGCCAGUGAAAUCUUGGUGCUUGAGCCCUCGAGACUGGUGGUGGAAUAUGGAGCUAAAGCCUCAGCUAACUGUUCCACUAGCAUCAGCCAUAAUGGAAUGGGCUGGGAAGCCUCGCAGGGACCAGUGGAUAUGGUAGAAAAUGCUCGGCUCCUCACCUGGACCGUGCCGACUCUUACACACUGGGAUAUACAGCCAAUUUGCUAUAUUAACUUGCAAAAUGAGUCACAGACUGAAAAGAAUCUCCCAGUUACUGUUUACAAGCUUCCCGAUGCAUUGUCUAUCAGUUUUAAGAAUUGCCCAGGACCAGUAACUGAGGGGGAAACCUGUAGGCUUCAGUGUGACAUUCAAAAUGUUGCACCUAUUCGGUACCUUAAAGUCACGUGGUACAAACAGUUUCAUAUGGAACAAACUAUGUCCUUUACUGAAACCACCAUCAUACCAGUGAACAAAUCAAUUAACUGCAUGAUCCAGCCCAGCAGAGAUGAUGAUGGAGCUAAGUAUUGGUGUGAGGCAAAGCUGGAACUGGGGCCAGACGGACCACAGCCUCCUCCUACAAAGAAAUCGGAUCCUGUCAGUAUCACAGUACACUACAAGCCAGUGUUCUCGAAUGAUACAGAGAUCAUAGUGUCAGGAGAUGGGGAGAUCACCUUAAACUGUACUACCAGAGCAAACCCUCCUUCUGAGUACACCUGGGAAGCACCAUAUCAGGAAAAGGCAGUUACGUUAUCAGCCCCCUCAUUAUCUGUUUCUCGUUCAGGAAACUACACUUGCACUGCGUCAAACCCAUAUGGCAAGGCAAAGAAACUGUUCAUCAUCAAACCUAAAUAUCGUGCCAACACCACUUUGUGGGCUAUUUUGGGGGUCGGAUUACUCUUUGCUGCGCUGCUGAUUACAGUUUACAUCAUCAGAAAAAGGUAUACGCCAUGUAAAAGGUCUGCCAACCAGAGUAAGUCACCCUCUCCAGCAGUUCAGAGAGAGGAAGGUGAAGAGUUAGUUUCACCUGUUAAAUAAGCUAAAUUUGUUUCCAGAAAAUGUGUGUUUUUGUGCCAGUGGUUGCACAUAGUGAUUCUUAUUCUGGUACAGCAUUGAGUAGCAAAGAGAUCAUGAGUUAUAAUCUCAGAGAUGCUUGGUCUAUUUGUAGUUUUUUUUCUGUUUUUAAUGUGCUGUGACAUGAAAAAUAAUCAUCUUGCCCAAGGUUUAGACAAACAGGAGAAGAGAAACCCUGCUGUUGUGACUAAGACCUGUGUUAAUCUGUCUGUGAAGCCUUCACUCUCAUUUGCAUUCAGUUCUACAUAUAUUCUCUUCAGACACAUUUACAUUUUUUGGCUCCAGUUCACAUUCCGAUUUUACUACAUAAAUAAUCACUAUCACAGAUAAGAGUGCUAUUGUAGUGAAAAUCAGCACGGCUGUGAUUCGGCCAUAGUCAUGAAGCCGCAGGUUCGAUUGCGACUGUGAAGUUGCUUUUUUUAACAGUUCUAUAAACAAGCAAUUAAUAUUGAUAAAUUAUUAAGAAAUUAACUAACAUUUCACACACAGUAUGUCCAAAUGAUUUGUUUAUUUUUUAUUUUUUAUAUUUUGAAGAGAGCUGUAUGUGUUGCCAUGGUAACAUGCAAACUGACUGACAGCCAGUAGUGUAGUAACAGUUUCAGUGUAAUGAACUAUUGUUAGAGUUGGAAUUUUUGUGUAGAGAACAUGGACAAGCGGAGUGAUACACACAGUGAAAUGUCCAAGUGCUUUUUGCUAAAUAUCAGCACUCUUGGAACGCUGCUUGUCCAAUCAGAUUAAUGGACCGGAACUUUGUAGGCCACAUACAUCUGUACAUCUUGGUUGAUACAAUUCUGCAUUGUGUAUAUGUAUUAUGUAUUAUUUAGCAUGAGGUGGAUAUAUAGUGGGCAUAUACUGUAUGUUUACACACAAAUAAUUCAGUCUUUUUUAAGUCACUUAGUGUCACUAGGGAGAAUGAAGCUGUAAGUUCAUUCUUUUCGUUCAUUGCUGCUGAUUGCAAUUACUUUUUACAGCUGGCCCUGAAGUGACUUACAGUGGAGUAACCAUACAUAUAGCAGAGUUACAGCAGAGUUACCACAUGGUACAGUCCAUCACAUCAACUAUGGAUUAACUGUGACAACCAGAAUAAUCAACCAGCAGUGUCAAAAUACUUUUUUUUGUCUAAUUAUGACCAGUAUAUCUAUUUUAUUUUAUUAUUUUUUUUUUUUUAAACAUAAUCUAUUUUUUCGGAAGUGUUUUGCUUGAAAAAAAGGGGGCAGUCGUGGCUUAAUGGUUAGAGUCUUGGACUUGUAACCCGAAGGUGAACCUGAAGGUCGUGGGUUCCAGUCUCUGGUCCAGCAGGGAUUGUAGGUGGGGGGAGUGAAUGACCAGCGCUCUCUCCCACCCUCAAUACCACGACCGAGGUGAGACCCUUGAGCAAGGCACUGAACCCCCAACUACUCCCCGGGCGCCGCAGCAAAAAAAAAAAAAAAAAAAAAGGCUGCCCGCUGCUCCGGGUGUGUGUUCACUACUGUGUGUGUGCACUUGGAUGGGUUAAAUGCAGAGCACAAAUUCCGAGCAUGGGUCACCGUACUUGGCUACACGUCACUAAAAGGAAGGUGUGCUUGGGGUAUCUUUGUAAAAUUAAAUGCUACUUGGUUUGACAUGUUGUUUUCUAAGCAAAAAAAACAAUGGUAUGCUGCCACCAGUUACAUCUAGCAGGCAUGGUUCAUCUAUUUUGUUGAUUAUACCUGUUUUUUUAAAGUAAUUUACUGAUGGUACUAUAUAAAUAUGUUCAACUGUCUAAACAUUGGGCUAAAAAGAUAUCUGUUUGAUGUCUGUGUGCUUAAUAAAAGUCGUGUUGUGCUAA